CAAAUACUUACAACACAAGCUGGAAGGGGAUUAAAAACAACCACGUGGUUGAUCUGGUUUUAUACUUGCAACCUCCAGCUCAAUUUAUGUUCUUUGGGAAGAUUAGCCUCUAGAUGGAUGUGUCUGAGGGAUCCGCUUAGGCACAUCUGCAUGUGGAAAUCGGCGUUUUCUAGCUUGUGUUGAUGGUGGAAAGCUAUGACCCAGCAGGCGAGAUCCAUGGUGAGCACAGCUCCCUCUGGAAAACAAGGGCUGAAUUUCCUAAUGUAAAAGAAUAAACCCAGAUCAUGGAGGUGCUACAAUGCGAUGGCUGUGAUUUUAGAGCUCCGUCUUAUGAAGACCUCAAAGCUCACAUUCAGGAUGUGCACACGGCAUUUCUGCAACCAACGGAUGUUGCCGAGGAUAGCCCCAGCCAACAAAGAUCUGGAUCCAUGAAUGCCAGCAACCAGACGGAAGUGGAAUUUUCUUCUGUAAAGGAUGAAUUUGCAAUUGCAGAGGAUAUAGCAGGUCCAAAUGCAACUCAGAUCGGAGCUGGAAGUUAUUAUGGUCAUAGCCCAGGAUUUUAUGGUCAGCACAUUGCCCCUACUCCAAAACCAACAAACAAAUUUUUUCAAUGCAAGUUCUGUGUACGUUAUUUCAGGUCCAAAAACCUCCUGAUAGAGCACACCAGAAAAGUCCAUGGAGCACAAGCCAGUGGAAGUCCGACAGGCCCCCCGACUGCUGGAUCGUUAAAUUACAAUGUCAUGAUGCAUGAGGGAUUUGGAAAGGUUUUUUCUUGCCAGUUUUGCACUUAUAAGUCGCCAAGACGGGCCCGAAUCAUCAAGCAUCAGAAAAUGUAUCACAAGAAUAACUUGAAGGAGACGGCGACUCCCCCAGCUGCCCCUGCACUGCCUGAUUCAUUGUCUGCAUCGGUGCCGGUGCAAGAUCCCUGCAAGGAGUUGCCCGCAGAAGUGGUGGAACGUAGCAUCUUGGAAUCCAUGGUCAAACCUUUGACCAAGUCUAGGGGCAACUUUUGUUGUGAGUGGUGUAGCUAUCAGACGCCCCGCAGGGAACGUUGGUGUGACCAUAUGAUGAAGAAGCACCGAGGCAUGGUCAAAAUAUUGUCUAGUCUAAGGCAGCAGCAGGACGGAACCAGCGUCCCUGAUGUACAGAACAAGAGUGCUUCGAACCCUGCCCCGAACUCCACCUAUCUAGCCAUGAACGCCGCAGGCCGCGAGAUGCCCAAUGCCAACGUCUCAAAUUUCAGGGGUUCCGUAGGCAAUUCCCUCAUCAGAUCCAAUUCUUCUGCAACUUCCAAGUUUUCUCCCACGUCUUAUCCUCAGAUGAAGCCGAAGUCACCUCACAACUCUGGCCUAGUUAAUUUGGCUGAGCGAUCCCGAUAUGGAAUUGCUGACAUGACAAAUUCUUCCACUGACCUGGAAACUAACAGUAUGUUAAACGAUUCUAGUUCUGAUGAUGAGUUAAAUGAGAUAGACAGUGAGAAUGGUUUGAAUUCCAUGGAUCACCAGGCCUCAGGUCUGUCUACAGAGCAACUGAUGGGAUCCGAUGGCAACAAAUUAUUGGAAACCAAGGGGAUACCUUUCAGAAGAUACAUGAACAGGUUCCAGUGCCCCUUUUGCCCAUUCCUUACCAUGCACCGGCGCAGUAUCUCUCGUCACAUCGAAAACAUUCAUCUGUCUGGAAAGACCGCUGUCUACAAAUGCGAUGAAUGCCCAUUCACUUGCAAGAGUUCACUAAAACUUGGAGUGCAUAAACAAUGUCACACGGGUUCUACAUCGGAUUGGGAUGCCGUGAAUUCCCAGAGCGAAGGUAUCUCCUCAUCACUGAACGAAGGCACUGUGUCUUAUGAAGGUGCAAGCAUCAAUGGGAGAAAGUCGGGAGUCAUGUUGGAAUCUCUGCAACAGCAACAGCAGCCACAGCAACCCCAGCAGCAGCCACUGCCACAGCAGCCGCAGCCACAGCAGCAGCAACAGCAGCAGCAGCAGCAGCAACAGCCGCAGCCACAGCAGCAGCAGCAACAGCAAUCCCAGCAGCAGCAGCCACUGCCGCCUCAGCAGCAGUCACUGCCUCAGCAGCCACCGCCGCCACCCCAGAGCCAGCCUCAGCACCCGUACAAGUGUACAAUGUGUAAUUACUCCACAACGACUCUGAAAGGUCUGCGAGUCCAUCAGCAGCAUAAGCAUUCGUUCUGUGACAACUUGCCAAAAUUCGAGGGACAGUCCUCCAUGCCAUUGGAAAGUGAGCCCGAAAGCCACACCUCUUCCAGCACUGUGAAGAAAAGUCAGACCUCAAUUCUUGGGUUAUCCUCCAAAAAUAACUUUGUGGCUAAAACCUCUAGGAAGAUUUCUAAUGACUUCCCUCUCGAUCUGUCACCAGUGAAGAAGAGAACUAGAAUUGAUGAAAUAGCCAGCAACCUGCAGAGUAAAAUUAACCAAACCAAACAACAAGAAGAUGCAGUGAUCAACGUGGAAGAUGAUGAAGAAGAAGAGGAAGAUAACGAAGUUGAGAUAGAAGUUGAACUCGACAGGGAAGAGGAGUCAGUGGAGCCACUGAUGGAGGCUCCAGGAUCUUUUGUGAGUCAGCCGAUUUGGGGGAGAGAGGCUAAUGAUUCUCAGAAGGAGGCUAGUUACAGAAACGUGCCACAUGACUACAAUGCCACCAACGGGGCAGAGAUUGAGCUAACCCUCUCUGAAGACGAUGAGGAUUAUUACUGCUCUUCUGUCAACAUGAAGGAUCAUCAGGGUUCCAGUGCAGCUCUUUUGGGCAACCAGGCCAGUAUGUAUGGGUCAGAUCAUAACAAUGAGAAUUCUGAAUUUAAUGACUCUGGAAGACUUUACUACUGCAAACACUGUGACUUCAGCAACAAAUCUGCCAGGAGCGUCAGCACCCACUACCAGCGGAUGCACCCAUACAUUAAGUUCAGCUUUAGAUAUAUCUUAGACCCCAAUGACCACAGUGCGGUGUACAGAUGUCUGGAGUGUUACAUCGACUAUACCAACUUCGAAGACCUGCAACAACAUUACGGUGAGCAUCACCCCGAGGCCAUGAACGUGCUCAACUUCGAUCAUUCGGAUUUGAUUUACCGGUGCCGGUUUUGUUCCUACACUAGCCCCAACGUCAGAAGCCUGAUGCCCCAUUACCAAAGAAUGCAUCCAACGGUGAAAAUUAACAACGCCAUGAUCUUUUCCAGCUAUGUCGUUGAGCAGCAAGAAGGGCUAAAUGCCGAGUCUCAGACCCUGCGGGAGAUUUUGAAUUCUGCUCCUAAAAACAUGGCCACCUCCACUCCGGUGGCUCGUGGGACUGGCGCUCCAGCGUCGUUUCACAAAAACCCUAAUUCCAAGACUUUUACUCCAGAGUGUGAAAAUCAGAAGGACCCCUCAGUUAACACCGUCGUGGUUUAUGACUGUGAUGUCUGUUCCUUUGCGAGCCCAAACAUGCAUUCAGUCUUGGUUCAUUAUCAGAAGAAGCACCCUGAAGAAAAGGCUUCCUACUUCAGGAUCCAGAAAACUAUGAGGGUGGUGUCUGUGGACAGGGGCUCUGCCCUUUCUCAGUUAUCAUUUGAGGUGGGUGCGCCCAUGUCUCCCAAAAUGUCCAACAUGGCUUCCCCCCCGCCCCCCCCGCCCCCUCCACCAGACCUCAGCACUGAGCUGUACUACUGCAAACACUGUUCCUAUAGCAACCGGUCCGUCGUGGGCGUGCUGGUCCAUUACCAGAAGAGGCAUCCUGAAAUAAAGGUUACUGCCAAGUACAUCCGGCAGGCCCCUCCCACCGCAGCGAUGAUGAGAGGGACUGAGGUGUCCCACGGUGUUCCCCGGCCACCUGCCUCCAUGCAGCGGCUGAACCGAGUGGGCUCCGAGAGAGACAUCCCUCCUGGGGAAAACGAGAUGUUCUUCUGCCAGCACUGUGACUAUGGCAACCGGACGGUCAAGGGAGUGCUCAUUCAUUAUCAGAAGAAGCACCGCGACUUCAAGGCCAAUGCAGAUGUGAUUCGGCAGCACACGGCCACCAUCCGGAGCCUCUGUGACCGCAGUCAGAAGAAGCCUGCCAGCGGCCUGCUUUCCCCAGCCUCGGGCGCGGAGCGAGACAAAGCCAAGCUCCGUGCCCUCAAGUGCCGCCAGUGCUCCUAUACCUCCCCUUACUUCUACGCCCUGAGAAAGCACAUCAAGAAGGACCACCCCAGCCUGAAGGCCACCGUCACUUCCAUUUUGCGCUGGGCCUUUCUUGAUGGCUUAAUAGAAGCCGGCUAUCACUGUGAAUGGUGUAUCUAUUCCCACACCGAACCCAGCGGCCUGCUUCUGCAUUAUCAACGGAGGCACCCCGAGCAUUACGUCGACUACACCUACAUGGCCACGAAGCUCUGGGCCGGGCCCGACCCUUCCCCUCCCUCCCUCGCCGGGCCACCCGAAGCCAAAACCUACAAAUGCCGGGACUGCAUUUUCGAGGCCUCUUCCAUUUGGGACAUCACCAAUCACUAUCAGGCUUUUCACCCUUGGGCCAUGAACGGCGAUGAAUCCGUCUUGCUGGACAUCAUAAAAGAGAAAGAUGCCGCCGAGAAGGCCAACACCCAGCCUGACGAGGUCCCGGCCCGGAUGAACUGUGAAAACAAGCUGACCCCGGCCCCGCUCGUCGAGCAGGAGGCCGAGUCCCCGGAAGACCCUGCCCUGUCACCGGAAAAAAAUGUCCAGCUGGCCUCGGCCAACCCGGCGAUAUCCUCCACCCCGUAUCAGUGCACGGUCUGUCAGUCGGAAUACAAUAACCUGCAUGGCCUCCUCACCCACUAUGGCAAGAAGCAUCCUGGCAUGAAGGUGAAAGCCGCGGACUUUGCCCAGGACAUAGACAUCAACCCCGGUGCCGUGUACAAGUGCCGGCAUUGCCCUUACAUUAAUACUCGCAUUCACGGUGUCCUCACCCACUACCAGAAGCGGCAUCCGUCCAUCAAAGUGACCGCGGAGGACUUCGUCCACGACGUGGAGCAGUCUGCUGACAUAUCCCAGAAUGACGUGGAGGAGACGAGCCGGAUUUUCAAGCAGGGCUAUGGGGCUUAUAGGUGCAAGCUGUGCCCCUACACCCACGGCACUCUGGAGAAGCUCAAAAUUCACUACGAGAAGUACCACAAUCAGCCCGAGUUUGAUGUGUUUGCUCAGUCGCCCCCGAAGAUGGCCGUUGCCCUGGAACCUGAGCUGCCAGCGGAGUCCAGCCCCUCCCAGGUGCUGUCGGCCGAGGAGGUCGGCGAAGUGUCUGUGCCCGCCUCCCACUUCUCCACAUCCCACCUGGUCUCCCACACGGUGUUCCGGUGCCAGCUUUGCAAGUACUUCUGCUCUACCCGGAAGGGAAUCGCCCGCCACUACCGCAUCAAGCAUAACAAUGUCCGGGCACAGCCCGAGGGCAAGAACAACCUCUUUAAGUGUGCUCUCUGCUCCUACACCAACCCCAUUCGCAAGGGGCUGGCGGCGCAUUAUCAGAAGCGGCACGACAUCGACGCGUACUACACCCACUGCCUAGCCGCCUCCAGGACGGUGAGCGACAAGCCCAGCAAAGUCAUCAUCCCCUCCCCGCCCAAGGAUGACUCCCCCCAGCUGAGUGAGGAGUUGCGGCGGGCGGUGGAGAAGAAAAAAUGCUCGUUGUGCUCCUUCCAGUCAUUCAGCAAAAAAGGGAUCGUGUCCCAUUACAUGAAGCGUCACCCUGGGGUGUUUCCAAAGAAGCAGCAUGCCAGUAAACUUGGAGGCUACUUCACGGCCGUCUACGCGGACGAGCACGAGACGCCAGCGCUGCAGGAGGAGAGGAGUGAUGGCGAGAAGCCCGAGGUGGAGACUGAGGCACAGGAAAUCGAGUGGCUCCCCUUCCGCUGCAUAAAGUGCUUCAAACUGUCCUUCAGCACAGCUGAGCUGCUGUGUAUGCACUACACGGAUCAUCACAGCAAAGACCUGAAACGAGACUUCACCAUCCUGGGCAGCGGCACUCGCUCUCAGAUUUCUGCCUACCAGUGCAAGCACUGUGAUAGCAAACUGCAGAGUGUGGCAGAACUGACCUCGCAUCUGAACGGCCACAAUGAGGAAUUUCAGAAGCGGGCCAAACGUCAAGAGAGGAGGAAACAGCUUUUGAGCAAGCAGAAAUACGCAGACGGUGCUUUUGCCGAUUUCAAACAAGAGAGGCAGCCUUUUGGUCACUUAGAAGAAGUGCCAAAGAUCAAGGAGAGAAAAGUGGUGGGAUACAAAUGUAAGUUCUGUGUUGAAGUUCACCCGACGCUCCGCGCCAUCUGCAAUCAUCUUCGCAAGCAUGUCCAGUACGGGAACGUCCCAGCAGUGUCCGCUGCCGUGAAGGGACUGCGUUCUCACGAGAGGAGUCAUUUGGCACUGGCCAUGUUUACCCGGGAAGACAAGUACAGCUGCCAGUACUGUUCCUUUGUGUCUGCUUUCAGACACAAUUUGGAUCGCCAUAUGCAGACUCACCAUGGACACCACAAGCCAUUCCGCUGCAAACUCUGCUCCUUCAAGUCCUCCUAUAAUAGCCGCCUGAAAACGCAUAUACUCAAAGCUCAUGCUGGUGAACAUGCCUACAAAUGUUCCUGGUGCUCAUUUUCCACCAUGACGAUCAGCCAACUGAAGGAGCAUUCCUUGAAAGUCCAUGGGAAAGCCUUGACCCUCCCAAGACCACGCAUUGUCAGCCUCUUAACCUCACAUGCCCACCACUCCUCCCAGAAGGCUGCCCCUACCGAAGAUGUGGAAGACUCCAAUGACUCUUCAUAUUCAGAACCUCCAGAUGUUCAGCAGCAGUUGAACCACUAUCAGUCAGCUGCACUGGCGAGGAACAAUAACAAUGUUAGCCCUGUACCUCUUUCUGGGGCCACUGCCGGCGCUGAACAGAAAACUGAAGCCAUUCUUAACUGUGAAUUUUGUGAAUUCUCCUCUGGUUACAUUCAGAGCAUUAGGCGUCAUUACCGUGACAAGCAUGGAGGGAAGAAGCUCUUCAAGUGCAAAGAUUGCUCCUUUUAUACAGGCUUUAAAUCUGCUUUUACUAUGCAUGUGGAAGCUGGACAUUCAGCAGUUCCCGAGGAAGGACCCAAAGACCUGCGCUGUCCUCUCUGCCUCUACCACACCAAAUAUAAGCGCAACAUGAUUGACCAUAUCGUGCUCCAUCGAGAAGAGCGAGUUGUUCCCAUUGAGGUGUGCCGUUCCAAACUGUCAAAAUACUUGCAGGGAAUAGUUUUCCGCUGUGAUAAGUGUACCUUCACCUGCUCCAGUGAUGAGAGCUUGCAGCAACACAUAGAGAAGCACAAUGAGCUGAAACCUUACAAAUGCCAGCUCUGCUACUAUGAGACCAAACACACAGAAGAGCUGGACAGCCACCUUCGAGAUGAGCAUAAGGUGAGCCGUAACUUUGAGCUGGUUGGGCGGGUGAAUUUGGAUCAGCUGGAACAAAUGAAGGGAAAAACAGAGAGCUCCAGCAGCGACGAGGAUGAGAAGGAAGAGGAAAUGAACAAAGAUGAAGACAGAGAUCUCAUGGCAUUUUCUGACAGCGGGGCCCCCGUUUGCCCCGAGAAACGUUUUCCGUGUGAAUUUUGUGGACGGACGUUUGCUCAGGGCUCUGAUUGGGAGCGGCAUGUGCUGAGGCACGGCAUGGCUCUGAACGACAGCAAACAAAGGAGCAAAGAGGAUGACCACCCAAAAGAGAGCCUCGAGGAAAGUCUUAAAAUGUCUUUAACGGAAGAGAAGGAAGGUGACGAGGUGCUAGAGAUGAACUUUCCCCUUGAGAAUGAAACAGUAGCAGUCUGUGUGGUAGCUACCGACGAAACUCUCCAAGAAAAUGCAGAGGCCAAAAAUGAAUGAGCAUUUGGUGUGAUUUUUAAUCAAACCCUACUUGAACAGCGA